UCGCUCACGGACUUAAUUAUGAAGUUUCUUGUAACUUUCCUGAUUAUUUGUCUGUUUCCUCAAACUAUUCUGGGAGGGUCUCGUGCCGUUUGCCCAACGCAGCCGAUCAAGGUGGUUGAAGGUGAGAAUGUUGCUCUUCACUGUGGUCUGGAUCACCUGGUCGACUUGUCUCGUUACACGGUGGAUUGGAGUAGAGUUGACAACCAGCAGGUCGUCUACGUCUAUCGACAUGGACGGGACGACCUUGAUCCAGUGGUGGAUCAAUACAGAGGCAGGACCACCAUCAAUCAUGAAGCUCUGAGCAGAGGAAACAUAACCCUCAAGAUCUCCUCAGCCAACCUGUCAGACAGCGGAUCAUACAAAUGCUUUGUCCCAAAACUGAAGGUCUGGUGUGAGGUCCAGCUCAUCGUUGAUGAGAAAGAGACAAAGACAGAUGUUUCCAGCACAACUGUACCUCCACUAGAAGAAGAACCAGAGUCAGAAGAUCAUGGUGGAAACCGGGAGGCCGGCCGUGCUGCUGUCAUCUCCACUGUUGUCUUCCUUCUCUGCAGUCUCGUUGUUUUUCUGGUUCUGAGGAGCAGAGCGAUGCGACAGAAGGAGCCAAAACAAAAUGGAUGUCACCUUGAAUCAAACACCUACAGAGCAGAAAGGGACGGUGACCAGGAGGAACCUGCAGCGACCGGUUUGCUAAACGUCUGAGAGGUGAAAGUGAUGGUCGGCGGCCUGACUGCUGACCAUCACAUCACCGAGCUGAAAGCACACUUAAAGCUUUUUAGAGACCAAAAUAAAACAGUGAACCUCCCCACAUGAGCUAGUAAACAAACGUAUUACCAGUUGGACACAACAGCAAUAAAUGAGUCCAUUUGGUCCAGACACAGUAUUGGGGGAAAAAAAGAAAAGUCAAAUGUUCUGAGCUGGUCAACACAAUCCUAUUGACUGGACGGGCUAGCGGAGAAUUAAGACCUCCGCCAAGGCCGAAUGCACAAUCAUGCAAUGUUAACGAAAGUGAAAAAUUAGUGUAUCCGCCCCUCGAUUGGGACCCCCCUCCAUAUUUGAAUGGGUUCUUCCUCUGCCUUUACUUCACCCUUCCACCAAGUUUCAUGAAAAUUGGGCCGGUGUAUUUUUGGUGAAAUUUUCUGCAGAGUUUACAUUCUCAGGAUGAAUUGUUUCAACCACUGUGCUCCUCUGACUUUUCUUCUCUAGCGCCAU